UGGCGUCCACGUGAUAGUACACUGGGCUAUGUUUCUUCUGUUUGUUCCAAAAUCUGCGAAGAAGCAGCGGCAGAUUUUGAGUGUGGGAGUAGCCCAUAUGGGAGGAACCCGGUCGUAAAUCCAGUGGCAACGCAAUGUAUUGCUAGCUUGCCAUCUCUGUUGGCGUAAACAGGAGUUCUCAGAUUGAUGCUACUUUUAAACACGUUCAUGGUAUAACACCGUUAGCAGAAGACGCAAUCUUUCAGGAGAUGGCGUUGUGGGCGCAGACACAGCAGCUUCAGGGGGAGGCUUUGCACCAGAUGCAGUCUCUCUAUGACCAGCACUUCCCCAUCGAGGUCCGCCACUACCUGGCCCAGUGGAUCGAGGCUCAGCCCUGGUGAGAGAGGCGCUGAGGAUGCUGUUGACCAUGAAAACACACAGGAGGAGUUCAAAGCCAAGCGCUUGUUGGAAAGUCUGAUUCAGGAGCUGCAGAAGAGGGCAGAGCAUACGGUGGGAGAGGAUGGUUUCCUGCUCAAGAUCAAACUGGGCCACUACGCCACCCAGCUUCAGAACACGUAUGACCGCUGUCCCCUGGAGCUCGUUCGCUGCAUCAAGCACAUCCUGUGCACGGAGGAGAGACUGGUGCAGGCUACUAAUAAUGUGAACUCUAGCAGGGGUGGGGUGGUGGACAGCACAUCUCAAAAGUACCAGCAGAUCAACCAGACGUUUGAGGAGUUGCGUGUGAUGACUCAGGACACGGAGAACGAGCUGCGCAAGCUUCAGCACAGCCAGGAGUACUUCAUCAUUCAGUACCAAGAGAGCCUGCGGAUACAGGCUCAGCUGACUAAUCUGUCCACCCUCAACCCGGCUGAGCGCGUGCAGAGAGAGACGACCCUGCAGAGCAAGCGCACCACGCUGGAAGGCUGGCUCACGCGCGAGGCCAACACGCUGCAGAAGUUCCGACAGGACCUGGCUGAGAAGCAGCAGAACACGCUGGCUCUGUUACGGAAACAGCAGACGGUGGUUCUAGACGACGAGCUGAUUCAGUGGAAGAGACGUCAGCAGCUUGCCGGGAACGGCGGACCUGCAGAGGGCGGACUAGAUGUACUGCAGUCCUGGUGUGAGAAGCUUGCUGACAUGAUCUGGCAGAAUCGUCAGCAAAUCCGGCGGGUGGAGCAUCUGACCCAGCAGCUACCCAUCCCAGGGCCCACUGAGGACCUCCUCAAGGAACUCAACGCCACCAUCACUGACAUCAUAUCCGCUUUAGUCACCAGCACCUUCAUCAUAGAGAAGCAGCCUCCUCAGGUCCUGAAGACUCAGACCAAGUUUGCAGCCACAGUGCGGCUGCUGGUGGGGGGCAAACUCAACGUGCACAUGAACCCCCCGCAGGUCAAGGCCACCAUCAUCAAUGAGCAGCAGGCCAAAGCUCUGCUCAAGAACGAGAGCACCAGAAAUGACAGCAGUGGGGAGAUCCUGAAUAAUAACUGUGUGAUGGAGUACCACCAGACCACAGGCACCCUCAGCGCACACUUCAGAAACAUGUCUCUGAAACGUAUAAAACGGUCGGACAGGCGUGGGACUGAGUCCGUGACUGAGGAGAAAUUUACGAUUCUGUUUGAGUCACAGUUCAGCGUGGGGGGAAAUGAACUCGUCUUUCAUGUCAAGACUUUGUCUUUGCCUGUGGUGGUGAUUGUUCAUGGAAGUCAAGACAACAAUGCUACAGCCACCGUGCUUUGGGACAAUGCUUUUUCUGAGCCGGGAAGGGUGCCCUUCGUGGUGCCUGACAAGGUGUUGUGGCCACAACUCUGUGAGGCUCUGAACAUGAAGUAUAUAGCGGAAAUGCAGAGCAGCCGGGGCCUGUCGGAGGAGAACCUGGUCUUCCUGGCUCAGAAGGGCUUCAACAGCGCGAGUGUCAACGCAGAGGACUACCGCAACAUGAACAUGAGCUGGUCCCAGUUCAACCGGGAGAGUUUACAAGGCCGGAACUUCACCUUCUGGCAGUGGUUUGAUGGCGUAAUGGAGCUGAUGAAGAAACACUUGAAGGCCCACUGGAAUGAUGGGGCAAUCCUCGGCUUUGUAAACAAGCAGCAAGCACAGGACAUGCUGAUGUCCAAACCCAACGGUACCUUCCUCCUGCGCUUUAGUGACUCUGAGAUCGGGGGCAUCACCAUCGCGUGGGUGGCAGAGAACCCCAACAAAUCUGGUGAGAGGAUGGUGUGGAAUCUGAUGCCCUUCACCAGUAAAGACUUCUCCAUCCGCUCCCUGGCUGACCGCAUCAGUGAUCUCAACCACCUGCUUUUCCUCUACCCUGCCCAGCCCAAAGAUGAGGUCUUCUCCAGAUACUGCACACCUCCUCUGUCAAAGGCAGUAGAUGGCUAUGUCAAACCAGAGAUCAAACAAGUCGUCAAAGUGGAGUUCUCGUCCCCUAACCCUGAGCCGCCUCCUGGCACUCCCUCCUUCAUGGACCACACAGUCUCUCCCACCAUUAGCCAGCCACAGACCUUUAACCUCUACCCACCAGUGAGUGACUCUAUGCUGGAUGCAGACGGGGACUUUGACCUGGACGAGACCAUGGAUAUGGCACGGCAGGUGGAGGAGUUCCUGAGGCAGCCCAUGGAGACUCGCUGGGGAGGGCAGCAGUCUUGACCCUAUGCUAACACACCCACGUCCACACAUCAGCACCACGCACAUACAUGCAUCGCCCCACUGUCAACCCCAACCGUCUUCCUCUACUGAAAGACCUGUUUUACCUACAUCCACUGACUGACUCACAUCCUAGUCCUGUCCUGUGCACAUCACACCACACAAUCUCCUUAAACACUCUUCCUUUCUCUACCCAUUUACCCCACCCACUCCUUGAGUAAUCAGUGUCCAGUCCUCCUCUCCUGUCCCCUCUCCUCUCUACAACACAACUCACGCAAUUGGCUGUUUCCAUUGGAAUUCCAAUUGUUUUUCUUCUGUUGUUUUGAUGUGCUAUGAGAUCCUAUGUAAUGGUGGAGAACUGGUGUAAUGAUCUCUGGUUUGUUGCAAUGACUUUGACAGUGAUGUCAUGAAAAGGGAAAACAACAAAAGGAGACAAGACCUUGAGGACCACGCUACCUUCAGGAGUCAACAUGCCUUUAAAGUUAGUUACAUUGCUAGGAUCAACAAACGUGUAUGCUAUGCAACACCAUUUAUAUUUACAGCUGGGCUGGUACUUAUCUGUGUAGUCAUCCACCUCAGUCAUCGCCGCCAUAUUGCCAAUAACAGUUUGCCUCAUCUCCAUUUCACCUCCAUUUUAAACUCAAAUCUGGAGCAACUCAAAACUUAGCACUUCCCUCUUUCUCUUAACAGAGUAUUAGUUUUUAUCUCAAGUACCACUUCAUAUAGUCCAGAGCUCUUCCUCUCUCUUCACCUCUUCCUGUGUGCCUUGAGAACGUAAGUUUGUCAAAUACCAAAACCAAAGUCUAGUUUUCUGAUAACUGCCCGUUACAUGUGUCCGUUUCUCAGAGUACUCGGCAUUGUUCAGUAGAAAAAUAUCCUUUAACUAUUUUUGAAAUAAAUUCCAGUUUGUUUCACGAUUGGAUACGAUUGGAGUGGAGAGUAGUGCAACAUCUCCCUCCAGAGGCCGGAAGGUGCAGACCUAUGGCUUUCCCUGCCUGGUGUUGACCCACAAGAAUCUACACCUAGUUUGUGCUGGAGUUGUGUCCCAGAUAGGCUUGGAUACCAGUACCAUUAAUUAUAAGCUGCACCACCAGCUCUUCACGCAAAUGACCAGUCAUUGGCUAGAUGGUGUGUUCCACUAGGAGCAGUCCAUUGGCUAGAUGGUGUGUUCCACUAGGAGCAGUCCAUUGGCUAGAUGGUGUGUUCCACUAGGAGCAGUCCAUUGGCUAGAUGGUGUGUUCCACUAGGAGCAGUCCAUUGGCUAGAUGGUGUGUUCCACUAGGAACAGUCCAUUGCAGCAGCAGUGCCACUGGGUAAAGCUGUGCUCAAAGCUAAUGCCUGCCACCUGUGCUUUAUAUGUUCCCAGCCCACUACGCAAGGUGCACAAUCAGAGUAAUCAAAUAACUGAACUUAUUGUUAUGACAACCAAUUAUUUAAUAAUUGUGAACAUAUUUAAUGUGUCUCUCAGCCCCAAGUUUUCUGUGAUGUUCUGAUUCUGUCUCAUCUUUCCUGUUGUACUGUACUCCGCUCUUUCCUUUCCUUGAACUGGAAUUGUUUAUUUCUUAUGAACACACCAUUCCUUGAUAUGUCCCGCUUGUGUGGGUCAUCUGUGGUUCGCCCCCCUUACGGUUACGGUUUUCAAACUCACCGCUUGUAUACACCUCAGGACAAUGCUGAUGACCAACGUGGAUGUAAGAUACAUUUCCCCCAAAAAGUUACUCUAUUAGCUCAGUGCUAUCUAUAUGAAAUAAUUGUACCUAUUGAAAUCAUAUUUUACUAACACAAUGCCUUUUACAAUAGUGAUAACUGUUUUUAUGGUUGAAAAAGUCAAUCAGAUCAGAUGGCUGUUUUAUUCUUUUGGGAGAAUGUUGUUUUCUCCAUUGUUUUGUACGUCAUUGUUUGUAUCCUUUGUAACAGUUUUUAUGUUGUUUUUGUCAGAACAUCGUGAAUUAUAUCAGAGAUUGUGUUA